AUGCACCGUAUAGCUGUUGGUCGAACGAUAUAAACAGACGAAGAAGAUGCUAGUUAUGGCUGUUCCGUGACUGAAGCUUCAAAACCCACAACAGCUACAGCAAUGAAUCAUUUGUGAGCGUUAUUAGGUGCAUUGUUGCUGUUUAGUGACAGUAUGAUGUCACACAGGAAGAAAGGUCGUUCGGACAUGUGGGGGCACUUUAAAUUAAUCGCUCCUGAUAAGGUAUGACAGCAUAGCUACUGAUCUGAUGUCCUAUGUCCGGUGCUUGUUGUGUGUAGCUGAGCUGAAGUAUCAUGGGAAUACCUCCUCUAUGAUUAGGCACUACGCUAGCAAGCAUGGAUCUACAUUAAACCAGGGGGAGAUAAAUAAAGUGGAUGAGAAGCCUGACCUAGAUGAGGCUCUGGUGAACAUGCUGGUAAAAGAGCCAGAGCCCUUCUCCAUAGUGGACGCAUUGCUUUUGAAUGACACUGAAGAGCCACCCAGGAAGAAAGUUCGCUCUGACAUGUGGGAAUAUUUUAAACACAUCAGUCCUGAUCAGGUCCGGUGCUCAUUGUGUUCAGCAGUGCUAAAAUAUCAUCAGAAUACUUCCUCUAUGGUUAGACACUACACUACCAAGCAUGGAGGUCCGGUCAACCAAGGGAAGACAAAUAAAGAAGACCGGAAACGAGUGUUGGAUGAGGCUCUUGUGAACAUGCUGGUGAAAGAUUCACAGCCUUUUUCCAUUGUGGACGACUGUGGUUUCAAGGAGUUUGUGGCACUGCUUGAUCCCACAUACACUCUUCCAUCCAAACAGGCGCUAAAGCAAAUGGUAAUCCAGCGUUAUGGGGGACAGAAGAAUACGAUCAAAGGUCAUGCAGAAGAUGAGGACUCCGACACGGACUGCUAAUGCAAUCAUCUGGACGCAGCUCUAGCGGUUAGCCUGAGAUUAUGUGAUGGAUUCAUGCAAACUGAUUAAAAGGCUUUGGGAACGGUCCCUUUCCCUGAAACUCAUACAGCUGGUAGCAUCUUUGCUAUCACAGGAUCUCUAGUGAAGAAAUGGAGCAUCAAAAGCACAGCAACCUUAUUAUGAUCUAAGCUGAUAUGGUUAAUUCUGUUAGAAGUCUCAGUCUGUGAACUUUUUCUUAAUUUAAAUCAACUCAAACAGGGGAGGUUAACAAAAUUUUGACAGCAAAAGAGAAGCUCAAACAAGUGAAAUCUACGAUUAAUUUUUGAAAAUAAAAGUUAUUUUGGAGGUGGGCACGCGCUGGAUCAAAUUUUCUCAUCGUACCAGAUCUUUUCCAAGACAGCCAGUGGGAGUGCCAACAACAGACUGAGAACUAACUGUCUGAGGAGAAGAAAGUGAGAGUUUUCCAUAUGACAAAAAUGUUUAUACUUAUGAAAGUAUGAAAGAGGUAGACUAUUUUUGUUUGGCAGCGUGAGAUUUUACAUUUGCAGAUAACGUCCAACAUUUAGACAUUUUCAUUGGUCAUCAAUAGAGGGCAGAUGGUUUUUAUGAAGAGGGCUGUUUGUAUCCUCUUGGAGUUGGAAUCAUCAUUCAACAGCCCCAGAGGCAGUGCAUACCCUGGACUUAAAAUACAUGUAAAGCAGGGAUCCUUCACACUAGGACAAAAAUGAAACCAGAACACUCACUGGUUUUAGCAUAAAUUACUCCUUGUUUUUUUGUGUUUUGUUUUGUUUCCAGGAACAAUGUUAAGAAGCUUGAUAUAACUGAUGACCUCUAAAAUGUACGGAUUAUGCACAUUGAGAUUAGAUCUUUUUUAGGGGUCUUUCUCUGUUUUGGAAACUCUUUAAAAGUCACAGAUUUUCUUUUAUUCUGAAGGUCUGGAAAAGGAAAAUUAAUUCUAGUGUUUUUCAGGUUUUUGUUUCAAUUUUCCCAUUUUUUAAAUGACAACAGUGUAGAACCUGAUAAAUGCAUAUGUUUUCUCUUUUCACUUAUAUGGGGGUAGUGUUGGUCUAGUGGGUUAGAGCAGUGCUCUUCUGCUCUGAGAACGUUGCAAGUACCUGGUUCAAUCCCCACAGCUUGCACUCUUGCUCCCUGAGCAACACCUUUAACCCCACACUGCUCCCCAAGGGGAUGGGUUAAAUGCAGAGAGUGAAUGUCCCCAUUUGUGGGGAAAUAAAAGGAUUUACAUCAUUCUACCCAUCACAUUUUGAUGGGUAGAAUGAGCGGUUUAGAAAUCAAGAAAAUGUAACUAUACCAAAUGUAUAAAGCACACCUAGCAGUCUGCCAAAAACAUUGUUUUAACCAUUCAUAUAAACAGAAUAAAAUCAACAAAGCUAACAAUUUGUCAUUUAAUUCAUCUGUAUU